AUGGAUGCAACGGCGCUGUCGCUCCCAGGAGCCGGCAGCCCUACCCGGGGAACAGACAUGAGGUUCUGCGAGGCGGGACAUGCACGGCUCAUCCUGCGGCGGGACCUGCCGCGCGGGGAGUCCUUCAGGAUGUUCCUCCACUCUUCAGCGCCUUUCGAGGACCUCUUCACUGGCUCCAGGAUCCGCCCGCGCCUGGGAGCUCUCCAGGCCGACACGGACACGGACACGGACGCGGACAGGUCGAGGGCGGCUCCGUCCAGACCCGUCACGGACAGCCGCGGACCCAACGGCUCGCGUCGCUACGAGGCGACGGCACGGAGCAAGCCUCACCCCCGCCCAGGCCCCCACAUGGCCGCUGCUACCGCUGCUACUGUAACGGGGCCCGUGGGUCUAGGGUGCGGCCCGGGCCGAGCGGAGCCGAGCGGAGCCGAGCGGGGCCGACCGCGGCCGAGCGGAGCCGAGCGGAGCCGAGUGGAGCCGAGCACCGUCGAGCGGGGCCGAGCGCCGCCGAGCGCGGCCGAGAGCGGCCGAGCGGCCUGUAGGCGCCAGUCGGCUCCGGGCCGCUGCAGGGUCGCGCGGUCGGCGCCGCAGCUCGUCUGGAAGCCACGGCCCGCGCAGCCGCCCCCAGCCGCCCCCAGCCGCCCCCGGCCAACACCAACACGCCGUCUGCGGCUGACCCUAUCCCCCCACUCCGCGGGAGGGCCGGUGCCCUGGAGACAAAGACAGCACUCCAGCUCCAGCGAGAGGCUCCAGAAGUGGCCGCGGGGGCGGCUGGAGGGGGCGGGCAGCACUGGAGACGAGUGUGGCGGCUCGGAGACAGUCUCCUGCGAGACCAUCACUCUGAAGAUAACAAUAAAGAAACAUCCACGCACGCCCUGCACCGCCCCGCCCCCUCCUCCCAAACCGCAGGACCUUUCAUCUGCCGGAGGUCGCAAGGUGGCGGGAGCGCUGACGUCACCGGUAACACGUCGCUUGUCCGGCCAGACGACCUGCUUCGUGAACACCCUGUGCGUUGUCAUCGCGACGUACUGA